CAAAGUUGCGAAGUUUCGCCCGCGUUAUUAAUAAGAACUGACAACCUGAGACACGUCUGGCUCAAUUAUUUAGAUUAUUAUUUUGCUGUUGGUUUGUUACGUGCUGUUAUAGCCGGUAUGGAGGCGUAAGUCCUCAGAAAUAUGAUAACAUGCAAUGCAAUUUCUGUCCACGCCAAACGUCUCAGAAAAAUCUCACAUUUUAAGGAUGUCUCGCUUCAUUGCCAAUGUCCACGCAUCAUAAUCCAUAACUGAGUGUAUCAGUAGAGUCAGUAUUAACUACUGUCAUUCCACAGACUUCGAGGUGCACAGGAACUGGUUGGCCAUCACUCACAGUCUGCCGGUGUCCAGGUGGUACCAUGAGAACACGUCCGAGUGGACUCUGGACUACCCUCCGCUGUUCGCCUGGUUUGAAUUCGGCCUGUCCCACGUGGCUCAGCACUUCGACAGAAACAUGCUGCUGGUGGAGAAUCUGGACUACGCCAGCCCGUCUACUGUACUGUUCCAGAGGCUGUCGGUCAUCGCCACCGACGUGGUUUUUAUGUACGCCGUCAGAGAGUGCUGCAGGUGUGUUCAGGAGCAGAAAGGCGCUCGGGACGUCUGGAACCGGCCGCCCUUCGUCUUGGCUGUUCUGCUGCUCUGGAACUUCGGCCUCCUCAUCGUCGACCAUAUUCAUUUCCAGUAUAACGGCUUCCUGUUUGGCUUCCUGCUGCUGUCGGUGGCAAAACACCUGCAGUCUCGACACCUGCAGGGGGCGCUGCUGUUCGCCGUCCUGCUCAACCUGAAGCACAUCUACCUGUACGUGGCUCCGGCCUACGGCAUCUACCUGCUGAGGAGUUACUGCUUCGCUCAGGACAACAAAGACGGGUCUGUCAGGUGGACGAGUUUCAGUCCGCUCCGUCUGCUGGCUCUGGGCGCCAUCGUGGCCUCCGUCUGCGCUCUGUCCUUCGGCCCCUUCAUCGCCAUGGGUCAGCUCCCUCAGGUCCUGUCCCGUCUCUUCCCCUUUAAGCGGGGCCUCUGCCAUGCCUACUGGGCCCCCAACAUCUGGGCCCUCUACAACAUGCUGGACAAAAGCCUGGCGCUGCUCGGUGUUCGGCUGAAGCUGCUGGAGGAGGCGGGGCUUCCUCGAGCCUCCAUGACGGGCGGGUUGGUUCAGGAGUUUCAGCACUCGGUCCUCCCCUCAGUCUCUCCCUCCAUCACACUGGUCUGCACUCUGCUCUCCAUCCUGCCGGCGGUGGCGUCCAUCUGGCGGCGUCCUCGCGGUGCUCGGGGUUUCCUGCGCUGCCUGCUGCUCUGCGCUCUGGGCUCCUUCAUGUUCGGCUGGCACGUCCACGAGAAGGCCGUCCUCAUCGCCAUCCUGCCCCUCAGCAUCCUGGCGGUGGAGAGCAGAGAGGAUGCUGGGAUCUUCCUGGUUCUGACCACCACAGGUCAUUACUCCCUGUUCCCGCUGAUCUUCACCCCCGCAGAGCUGCCCAUCAAAGUGGUUCUGAUGCUGAUGUUCGUGAUCUACUCUUUCACCGCUCUGAGGAAACUUCACAGCGGUCAGAUGCCUCUGCUGCGUCCUCUGGAGUCCGCCUACCUGCUGGGGCUGGUUGUCGUUGCGAUCGCCUGCGAGGUCGUCUUCCCCCUGUCGCCGUGGCAACAGAGGCUGCCCUUCCUCCCCCUGCUGGCGACGUCGGUGUACUGCUCCGUGGGCGUCUGCUACUCCUUCCUGCGUCUGUACGCCAGUCUGCUGAGGCGGGAGGAGAAGCCCAAACAGCUGUGAGACGCCGCCGUGUACCUGGGAGGUCACAGGUUAGAUCCCCAACACACCUCAGACUCAGAGCGCUCACUGUGCAGAUCAGUCCGGAGGAAGUGACUCUGUUCUGGCUUCAUGUUCUUUCUUCUUCUCCUGUAAUAUUGACCAAACACAGACCGCUCUGCAUCACGCUCUGGUGUUUCAGCAGCUUCAGGGACGUUCAGGAGCAGAAAAAAACAUCAGAUUUUAGAUGUGAGAACCAAACAUCAGUGGACUGAUCGCUCGGUGCUUCAGGCUGCGUUGCUGCCUGCUGUGUGCUGAAUCAUGAACAAUACAAGACAACGGAGUUUAAUAAAGUUUAUGGCAAAAGUU